AUGGUUGACUUUAUAUUAAACUCCUGGCAGUUCCCGUUGCAGUACAUGGGGAAGUGGCACUUCUUAGCUGCGGCAGCACAUCCGAAGAGCCAGGCGCUGGAGAUCUUCACGGUCAUGGAUAAUGCCCAGUUCACCGUUCGGGAAAGCACAGAGACAGAGAAACUGGAGUUCACAGCAUCCAUCAGAGUUAAGGAUGGCUCGUGUGUUCCGCGUAGUUGGAUUUACCUGCUGAACGAAAGUAGCAACGAACUUCGGACAGAAGGACAUCCGGACAGACUGACCAAGUUGUAUGCCUGUCGUUGUCCAAAUUGCAUCAUCUUGAAGGAAAUCGAUGACAGCACCGACAGACUCCUCCUUUACUCACGCUCCCAGCAGUUAGAAGAAGGCUGCAUGGAUGAGUUCAAGCACAAAUCUGAUUGCAAAGGCUACAAAGAUAUUCUGUGGAUUCCUCAGACUCUAGAGCUUUCUUAUGUGACCAUGUUUUUUAACCCCACUUACCAGGGGUUCCAUCCUCAUCAUUCUGUUGACUUCAUGUCCAACGGUCAACUUAACAAACAGGAUCCUGCUACAUGA